AAUUACCCUCACCCAACAUUAUCCAUCUGUCCCACAGUUCGUUGCCACCUUUCCACCGAUCAACAUGAAAAACUUUCAGCUCGAGUUUCUAGUUUUCGCUCUGCUGGUCGCCAUCUCAGCCACUUGUGCCGCUUCCGCAGCGAGAAGAGGCCCCAUUCCGGACCGGCCAAUAGUUUACCCGGUCAGCCAGGAGAAAGAACUCGGCGAUCUGUGUCAGGUCUACUAUCCCACCGAUCCGUACCCCAAGACGGGAUUCUGCAUGCGUGUCAACGAGUGCGAAUCGUUCUCAUUGAGGGUGUUCUACCAGCCGAAUUUCAACGUCCACCGGGAACUGUGCUACUUCGAGGUCCACGAUCCGGUUGUUUGCUGUCUGAGUGCGCGGGAUGCUGGACCGCCGUUUGUGGCGCAAAGGACCCAGCUCACCCGGGAUUGGCCGUACGAGUACGACAGAGCGAACUUGGUUUGAUACCAGUGAUUGUGUGAUUAGUGAAAUAUAGUUAGUGAUAAAAGUUAA